UUUGGUCCAUUCCAUCCUUUAGUCGAUGUUUAGCCUAUACCUAGAGUAUAUAUUCAUGAUUGCAAUUUGUAAACAGAUGAUCUGGCUUUUUAUCUUACGCCAUGUCCUGACAAAGGAAGUAAAACGGGAAAAUGUUGAAUCUCGCUUGCAUAUACCUCUCUCACCACACUGCACCCUAUGGAAACAACACCGCGAAGAGUUUCAUAUUUCCCUUCAGCUGGCGGUGUGGCUGCUGCCUCCCAAAGGGGUGAUCGAAUUAGCGUCGGAAAACAGAUCCCCUUGCCGAUUGAUGGUCAAAAAAAAAAAAUUACCUUCCUUGUCGAAGAAACACCGCAAAAUUGAACGAUUGGCGACAUUCAAAAUAGGACGACCAAAGAUCACCAGGGCCGGACCAGAAGAAAUUUCCCUAUUGCAAAACGAACACCCCUACGGUGUUUAUCGCGUUUCUGCUAUUACUGCUGAUUAUGGUGGCAGGCUGAGCAGCACAAGGGAUGAUGGUGCGAUACUGUGGGCAGUAAGGAAACGAAACGGCCGACGCUGGUACUGGUGCUGCUGCUGCUGGUACCAUUCUGUUGUGGCUGGCCUAGCACUGGUGCGGAGUAUUGACGACACAGAGACGACGACCACGACGACGGAAGAAGGUCCCGAAUGCGCAUGCUUCGAAUUUAUUCAUAGAAAGCCCCACAGCAGCAACACCAGCAGCAGCAGAAGUAGAAACAGAAGCAGCAGUUGUUAGAGCAGCUUGUGGUGAACGACUGACAGAGAUUUAACACUAUGUGAGCUCCACUUUCGGAUUUCUACUAGCAAGAAAAUUGCCUCAAAUUCUUGGAAAUUGUGAGAUGAAAAUGGUGAAAAAUCAGUAACAUCCUGAUCUUAAACUCGUGUGUUCCGAUCUUUGCUGUGAUGCUUGUAUAGUAACGCUGGCUAGAAGUUGAAGGCAUUUGUCCUAGUCAACAGCACUAGGCAAAGGUUGUUGUUUGGUGCAAAGAUCAUCAUCCUUGCUGUUACUGCUGGUGCUGGUGCUGCUGCUUUUGGUGGUGUUCUUUUGCUCUGUGAAAAAUAAGAGGGUAUAUAUGUAGUAGUGUUACAAGGGCAGUGGGUAUUCGCCCGAGAUACAGUGUGAAGAAUGUCUACUUAAUCCCGAGUAGCACGGGAAAUGAAGAAAACAAUUUUCAGAAGUUUUCCACACGUUUGAGUGGUGUGGUGAGUUGAGAGACACAACUAUUUACUCGAUGAUUGUGACCUUCGGAACGAGAAUAACGCACAUAAAUAUUGGAUUGAACCGACGAAAUUCACGCGAAACGAUGGACGCGCCAAAGCAGUACCCCACCGACAAUCCUGAAAUAUGGAUGCGCCAUCAAUGGUCCAACGUGAUGGCGACAAAUUGAUCGUGCGGCGUGUGGUCAGUGGCGACGAAGUGAUUCUCAACCAAACCGACUCCCCAUCGUCGGUAGCGUCCAGCAAGGACGUCCAGCACCAAUCGUCAUCGGCGUCGAAUCAAUCCCUGGCGGAAAUCUAUCCCAGGGAAGAGGAUCUCAGUAAAUUUGGCCUGAUUUUGGAAGACAGUGCCCAGAAGAGUUCUACCAGUGAAACCGGUGACAGUACAGAGCAUCAGUUGCCCCAGUGUAAGAUUAAGCGAAACUAUUCGUGUAGUAAUUGUACGUACUUUACCCAAAACCCACGAAAGUAUUUAACUCAUCUGCGAGAUGUUCACGGUGAGAAGAUUAUUAUCAACGAAUGCAAGCGAUGCCUGUAUGCCUCGCGCCACUAUCAGAAGCUGGUGCGCCACAUGAAGAUGGUGCACGGCUCGACGGACGGAAUCAAGACACCGUUUAGUUCGCGAAGACGUGGAACGUUUCGAAAAGAGUAUUUCAAGAAAAAUAAAUUCAAAAUGAAUACCAAUAUAACGGAUAGUGAUUUUUACAGUCAAAGUAGAGCUAACUAUUUCGAUCAGCUGAGCAAGAUGCUGCGCGGUGCGGCAGGAAGCAGUGCGGCAAGUGAGACUGCCGGGGACAAUCCAAUGUACCUUACACCCAACUUCAAACCCGGCCUAACACUGGCCGACCAGGCACAACAGUUAUCGCAGCUAAAGGGCUCAUCAAACAUAAAUAUCUUCACUGAUAACGGUGGAAGCUCGUCGCUCGGCUGUGCUAGUGCUAGUGGUGAUUCAAGCAGUCAGGUAAACAACGACGUUCUGGCCAUGUUGCAGCACAAUUUGGUGGAUAAGAAUAAGCAACUUACGAUCACUCCUACUUCUAUGGCAAGCGGUAGUGGGGGAAGUGGAGCGGAUAUGGUUACGAAACCGAAGAAGAAGGUACGUCCCAUCCCCGAUCUGAUACCUCUACACAGUAUCGGUCAGCUGCAUCUGCAAGGAGAGGUGGGUAAGACGUAUCAUCUAAACCCAGAGGUCACCAUCAAAAGUCGCGUUGCCGAUAGUGAUAAUAACAACUCCAUAAAUGCUAGCACGUCUGGGAAGACGUACGUCAUCGACGAUGAAAGUCCAAUCAAUCUGACGGCAGAUCAGAAUGGCGAUAAGAGUCUACAGCAUCAGUGCAUCUUUUGCCACAUUAUGGUGAGAACGACGGACGAUUUGGCGAUGCAUUUGCGAACGUGUCACAGUGAGGAACUAUUUGCCUUACUGUUGCAAAAGAAACCCGAAGAUAAUGGACAAACAGAGCUACAGUCGUAUACAGCAGAGAGCUUAACGAUAGACAUCUGGAAGAGGCUGUUGGAGAACAAUAAGGCGAUAAUGGAAGAGCAAGAGUCUCGUGAAAACGAUAGCGAAAUGCAAUCUGGACAGUUUUCCAACGAUGAGGAUGAUGCGGAAACAGUCGAGUCAGCAAUAAGUAGGAACGACACGUAUUUAGGAGUGGAAACUGCUCCCGGGUAUGGCGAGGUAACGAGUAAGCUCAACAUUGACGAUGGUACUACCCAAACAUCAAUUAUGAAAAAGGUAUUCAAGUGUCCACAUUGUUCGUUCUGGGCCUCGACGGCUUCCAGAUUUCACGUUCACAUUGUGGGUCACCUGAACAAGAAGCCCUUCGAAUGCUCGCUUUGCUCUUACCGAUCGAACUGGCGUUGGGACAUUACCAAACACAUUCGCUUGAAGACGAUUCGAGAUCCUAGCCACAAGAACGCCGGAGUCUUGAUGAACGACGAAACCGGACGAAGAAACUAUACCAAGUACAAUCGGUAUAUUACGUUGAUGAAAGUCACCGACAACAGCUAUAAGGACAGUUCCUCGAGCUCAAAGUCCAUGAUCGAUACAAGCCAAGCUGACUACCUAGCCAUGUGCAAAGCUGGAGAAUCGCCGGCCAGCUUGAACAGCUUAGCAAAGAUGUACUCCAGCGAGGAAUUGGCCCAGGCGUUCAACUUGGCUACCAUGAACCAGAUGGCCAGAUUCGAACCGGAGAUGCUGCAAAACCUCGUGGGAAUGCCGAAACCCUUGCCAGCCGAAGAUGCUAAGCAAUCACCCCAGAAGGUGACGUUCAAAUGUAAAAAGUGUAAUUUCAAGAAUCCCUUCCGUGAGCUAGUGCUGCUGCACAUCAAGUCCACCCAUAUGACCAUAGAUAAAUCGAACAACGCCGAGGCUGAGCUGGAUCUGAUGCCUUGUGGCGAGGACCAAGACGGCGAACCGAUCGAAACCGUUACCACAGCAACAAACAGUACGCUUAAUGCACAAUCUCCGCUAAGAACAUCAUUAUCACCACUGUCGGUUGUUAGUCCAAGAAGCGAUAGCGGUAACAUCGGUGGUUUGACCGGUGCCUCCACCAGUGCUAGUACCACUCCAAGUGUGACUUCCGGUUCGGCCGGUGGCUACAAUAGUAACCAUUUUACUACUAACGCUACAUUAAUUGGUGUCGGAUUAAACUUUACCCAGGCUGUAGCUAAUGACAAUCGGUUGGGAACUACCUAUACUCUCAGUAAUACUAUACCUAGUGUCGUGUUUGGUGGUGAGGUGAAUAGGACGAUAAACACUGCUAGUACAACUACCAAAUCUACUACUAUAAGCGCUAGUUCUGCAUCGGCUAGUACUACCAAUACCAAUACCACUACUACUCCUCCCUCUACUAGUACUACCACUACCACUACCACAACGGGUGGCAAGGGGGCGUCCAACACGUGGCGUCCGAGUGCCCCGUAUCGGUGCGGUCAUUGUCAUCAGGUGUCGAAUUGGAAGCAUGUCAUCCAGAGGCACUGCCGUUUAAAGCAUAACGGCAACGUGCUCAUCGAGAUGGUCAACACCGCAAAACAGUCACAAAACGUAACUGAUACACGCAAUUUGAAGAAAGUGAGAAAGCCAUUUCAAUCAUUCGACUCAGUUUCACAGGAUAUCCCCGUACAGCCGGUCACGCUGCACCCGAUAGAGCUUGUCCCCGAAGUCAGCCUAAUUGUCCAGGAUGAACCAAUCAUUCACCCUUCAUCGCGGGAGAUCAUCCACUACCCAAACAUUAACAGCAGCACCGCCGUCCACAGUAUCAGCAUAGCUCCCGUAGCAACGCGUACCUCACCAAUGACCAUGACGUUCAUCAAUCUGACGGACGAAUCCUCCAUGGAACCGCCCUCAUCAUUUCCGACACCAAUGCAAACCGACAGUGCCCCAACCAGUGAUGCCACCACGGAAGAGCCGUAUGAAGAACCGGUGGCUCCCCGAUUGAAACGGUACCAGUGUGAUGCGUGUCCCUACGUGACCGACAGCAAGACCCAGUUUGCCUACCACAAGUCUUUCCACAAACCACGUGGUGAUCCGUAUAAAUGUAACAUAUGUUCAUAUAACGUCACAAAGAAGCACCUGUUAAUUCAGCAUCAGAAGACACAUGCAGAAAGAACUGUUCCCUCGACUACAUCCAAUAGCCAUACUGUAUCGAAGGCCAGAACAACUACCACUACAAAAACGGUCGGAGGAGGCGGCGAACUUUCCAUAGUGAUGGGUAAUGAAACCAAGUCUACUGGAUUGACGCCAGCCGAUAUCCUAGACCUGACGAAGAAAAUGCGCGACGAAGUGAGCAUAACACCUGCCAGUGGGACUCCCACCGGGAAGAUACAUGUAGACGAAAAGAUCGUCUACUACUGUGCCUAUUGUCCGGCUCGAUACUUGGAUGAAAGUGAAAUCGUUAUCCACCAGAAUCGUCAUACGCAAGAGGAAAAGUACAAAUGUGACCUUUGUUCGUUUUCUACGUGCGACGAGUCCGGUAUACCGACCCACAGGAAUGUCCAUUCAGUCAAUUACCACAGAGGCACAGAAGAGCUGCAAAAGUUGAACAUCGAAAGCAAUAAGCAUCCACGUUCGAAGCUAGUCCAGGUCGGUGAAAGUGAAAAACUAUGGGUAGUUCAGAUGGACCACGAAAAACUCCACAAUGAACAUGCCGAAACGCCGGAACCUGAAGGUAAACCUCGUCCGCGGAGAUCAACCAGAUCCAAGAAUAGCAGUCCAAUGGUGACGACCGCCAUUACCGAGAUAACCAAAGAACCAAAGGUUUACAGCUGUGAACAUUGUGAUUACACGGACAGCUCGGAGUGUUCCUUUAAGGAUCAUGUGAAAUUCCACUUUUCGGAUAUUAUGCUCCCCAAGGUGGAUAAGUACGCCGCAUUGGACAAGUCGGAGGUAAUGUUCAAGCUGAUCGCAACCUCCAAAGAUAAUCCAAUCGAAGAAUUCGAACUGCGCUACGAUUCAGAUGGAGUUGUGAUGGACACCGACAUCAGCGAAUGCAACAGUACCGAUAGGAUUAUCAUUGACUUCUAAGCUAAUAGAUGUAAUAAACUACACGCAGAUUCACUUACACAAAAUGGAAAGUAGUAAGCAUAUAAUCUCCACACAAAACACACGUAAAUAGAAAUGUAAAAUGACCAGUGCACAUGUAAACGACACCUGAAAUUUAGCAUGUAAGUAAUUUCCUGUAAAAUCAAGGAGUGAAGGUUCUUCGUAGUUUGCCAUUCAACCAAAAUUGGAACAAUGAGAAAAUCUCAAACAAGUACAAAUUGAGUUAUUUUAUUUUUAGUAACGAAAUUUUAGCCAAUCGAAAAAACAAACAAAAAUAGAAAUCUUCAGUUAGUUUUCUAGUUUCGUAAUGCACCUAAUAAGGACUAAUCAGUUUAUUUUGUUCCCAACGAUAGCGCAUAUUUACACAACACACACACAAGGAUCAUAGCUAUUAUUCAACCACGGGCUUUAAGGGAUAUUUCUGUUGCAAUUAUAGGACAGCUUCUUCGGUUUAGAUUUUAGUUUUCGCGCACACAUACACACAUUUUACUUUACAUUACAACCCAAGAAAGGAAACGCUUCACGGCCGCAUUUGAUGCGUAGUUUGCAUGCAAAAAGCUAGUAUUAUUGAAUAAUUUAAUCGUACUCAUCAUCAAUUGAAAAAAAAACGGAAAAGGAAAUAAAAUCACGAUGAAUUCCAUUUUACCAGUAACUAUUAGGACCACAAUCGGAGCCAAAGUGUAAUCAAUCAAAAUUAUUUAAUUACAGUUAAGAUAUAACGGUAAACAGCGAGAAUGGUAGAGUUUGUAAUUACUGGUACGUGCUGUUUGUAGGAUGUACUUUCGAUUGAUUGAAUAAUGAAGUAGGCGAGGAAGCAUUAGACUAGAGUAUGUAGAGGAAAGAUAUACAGAGCAAAUACUUUGCGGCACAAUAUCAGACCGAGUAGUUUUCAAUAUUGUAUCGUACGUGUAAAUAUUCGAUCUUAGCUGAUAACAUUUGUUGUUGAAUUUGAUUUUUAGGAACUUGGCGUUAAUAAACUAAAUGGUUAUUUA